CAUGAAUGUUGAGAGCUGUCAAACCCAAACAGGUCAUCAAUUAUCAUCACUAAACCUCUGAAUAUCCUUUCUCUAUAUACACACCCGUUUCUGCAUUGAUUCAAUAAUGGCAUUGGAGCAGAGCUACAGGCAAGUCGAGGAAACAACGGUCUGUCAAAAAACCACCGUUGUCACCAGCCACAAGGUUGAAAACGAUCAACACCAUUCUUUGAAAGACAAGGUGAAAGAGGUGGCGGGGAGAGUGUUUCACCACCACAACCAGGUGAAUGAAACUGCAUGUAUCAAAAAUUCAACUGCAACCUGUGAGAAGAAAGAGGGUUUGGUGGACAAGAUGAAACACCAGCUGAAGAGCAUAGGGAAGAAAAAGCACAGAGGAACAAACUGUGAGUGUGGCAGCGACAGCAGCAGCGAUGAGAGCGAUGACGAGAAGUGAGGAAUACCCAUAUGUGAAGGAGAAGCAAUAAAGAGGUUCUUAUCAU